AUGGGGAGCCUAAAACCUCAAAAGCCUCACGUAGCUAUGAUCCCAACUCCAGGCAUGGGCCAUUUAAUUCCAUUUCUGCAGCUCGCAAAGUGUCUCGUCUCUAUUCAUGGCGUCCAAGUUACCCUCUUUGUUCCUGCUUCAGAAACCUCAGCCCUCCAAACCCUACUCUCCUCGCUUCAUCUUCCCGGUGGCCUCACCCUCAUCAACCUCCCCACCCUUCCUAUCUCCGACAUGGAUACCGAUCUACCAGUUCACCUCUCCAUCACCGUCCGGGAAUCGCUCACUUUCAUUCGUUCCUCAAUCGCCACCUCGGCACACCCACCAACAGUCCUCAUCGUCGACAUGUUCGCCACCGACGCAUUCGACGUCGGAGAUGCUUUUAAUAUGACCAAGUACUUGUUCUUCACGUCAAAUGCAAAAGUGCUCACGUUCAUCGGGUAUCUACCCAGGUUUGACCAGGAGAUCGCGGGCGAGUUUGCAGAACUCACUGAGCCCAUACCAGUCCCGGGUUGUAAGCCGGUUCGAGUCGAUGACCUCGACGAUUACUUUCGAGAUAGGAAGAGUGGGGGUUACAGGUUUCUCUUGCACCAUGCACGACGAUUCAACGAGGCAACAGGGAUUCUGGUGAACACAUUUGAGGAUCUCGAGCCGCAGAUGUUCAGUGCUCUCAAGGAUGGUAAGCUCCUAGAGCAGAUUCCCCUACCACCCGUCCAUGCGGUGGGCCCCAUUAUAAGGAACCCGGCCCCACUGAGCAGCGAGAAUGAGUGUCUGACGUGGCUGGACAAGCAUCCGCCGGAUUCGGUGCUUUUUGUCUCGUUUGGGGGUGGUGGUAGGUCCUUAUCGGCUGAGCAAAUGGUUGAGCUGGCAAUGGGUCUGGAACUGAGUCGGCAGCGAUUCCUCUGGGUCGUCCGUCCCCCUCAGGACAAGGUGGUGAUAUCAGCAAAUUACGUGGCAGAAAGUGGUGGGCCCAACGACCCAAAUGGGUAUUUACCAGAAGAAUUCCUGAGGAGGAUCAAAGGCAAAGGGGUAGGGAUGGUUGUUGGGGGAUGGGCUCCACAGGUGGAAAUACUGGGGCAUGCAGCAGUGGGUGGGUUUCUGUCACAUUGUGGUUGGAACUCGACCCUAGAAAGCAUAGUUCAUGGGGUGCCAGUAAUUGCAUGGCCGCUCCAUGCCGAGCAGAAGAUGAAUGCAGUAAUGUUGACAGAGGAUCUGGGAGUGGCGGUCCGAGUGAAAAUUGCAUCGGAAAGGGGAGGGGCGGUGAUGGGGCGUGAAGAGAUAGAGAGAAUGGUGAGAUUGGUCAUGGAAGGCAACCAAGGUAAGGCCUUGAGGAGUCGGAUGAAGCAGCUUACAGAUGGGGCAGUGAGUAGUGUGAGUGAAGGUGGAGGUGGGUCUUCUUAUUGCUCUCUCGCUCAACUGAUCAAGAAAUGGAAAUUGUAAAACAGAGUUGAGCAGUAAGACAGAAGCUUUGGAACUUGGAAUUGGAAAUUAAAUACCAUUAUUGUUC